UUUCAGUUGAUCAGUGGCGAUCACCCGAGCAAAUUGUCCGUUUCCGACGCAAACCACGGAACAAUGAAGCUACAACGGGAUGAAAUUUUGAUACUGUUCGACGUGGACGGCACUCUGACCGAGCCACGGGCCGCGAUCGAGGAGAACAUGAAAGAAUUCCUCUACCGUGACGUGUUACCGCGGGCCACUCUCGGGGUGGUCGGUGGAUCCGAUUUGGAGAAAAUGCGCGAACAGCUUAAUGGGUCGGAGUUUCUCACCAAGUUCGACUACGUGUUCCCGGAGAACGGGCUGGUUCAGUACGAAGCCGGCCAAGAAGUGGGCAAAGCGUCGAUCGUCCAGCAUCUCGGCGAGGACGUUCUGAAGCGAUUCAUCAACUACUGCCUGCGGUAUAUCGCCGACUUGGAUAUUCCGAUCAAACGCGGCACGUUCAUCGAGUUCCGCAACGGGUUGAUCAACGUGAGUCCAAUCGGACGCAACUGUUCGGUGGCGGAGCGCAAAGAGUUUUACGCGUACGACGCAGUGCACCGUAUACGACAGACGAUGAUCGAGCGAUUGCAGGUUGAGUUUCCCGCAGUGGACCUUACCUACUCCAUCGGUGGGCAGAUCAGCUUCGACGUGUUCCCGGCCGGAUGGGACAAAACAUUUUGCUUGCGUCACGUAUUCAAGCGAAAAAAGGCAUUUCGGGAGAUUCACUUCUUCGGCGAUAAAACCGACCCGGGAGGCAACGAUUACGAGAUCUACAGUCAUCCGCAGACCGUCGGCCAUCGUGUCACGUCACCGGACGACACCAUGGCUCAGUUGGUGGAACUUUUGGAGCUGCAACAAUGAACGGAAACAACGGCACUGAUCGGCACGCGACGGAAAAAGGAUUGGAAUGUUGUCAAUCCCUCUGCCUUUAUUCGUAACGGUACACUCUAUUAGGACAAUUGUAUUAUUUUGUAACGAAAAAACAACAAAAAUCAGUAACUUUGAGUUACAGAAGCAAAAUGUGAUCCACGAAUGAUCGAGGUUAAUAUACGAGGG